AUGGUGCCGGUAGCGCUCGACGGUCAGAAGGUCGAGAUGGAGCUGGACACCGGGGCGACUCUGUCGGUCUGCUCUGACGCCGGGUUUCGGCAGCUCUGGCCCUGUGGAGGGCCGAAGCUGGAACCGUGUUCGGUGAAGCUGAAGACCUACAGCGUGACUGCGGAGACCCGUGUGCAGCCCAUCCUGGACGAGUUCGCUGACGUCUUCAAGGAGGAGCUGGGCUGCUAUCGAGGCGGGGAAGUCGGCAUCGACGUAGACCCGGACGUCCAGCCUCGUUUCUUCAAGCCUCGCACCGUACCGCUGGCCUUCAGAGUGACACCGAUACCUGCUCCUGAUCCGGUCACGGAGAGCGCCGCUGCAUCUGCACGGCAUGCUCCCGUUCCCGGACAACUGGCCUCCACUCCCGACCGGCUGCCGGCUCCUGAUCGAGCGCCUGCUCCUGGCCGGCCGCCUGUUCCGGCGCCGCCAGGGCUGACCGGAGCGGUGCCCGCGCCGGGUGUGACCACCGCCCCGCCGUCCGCACCCUCUCCCAGCGCGCCGCGGUACCGGCUGAGAGACCGGUCCACCCUGCGGCCCCCAGACCGAUACGUGGCGAGCUAUGAGUAGGCGUUUUGUUUCAGUUGUUAUUUGUUCUGUGAGGUGCGUAUUUAUUUGCUUGUCCAUGCUGUGCAAGUAUUCGGGGUGGAGGAGUGUCAUGGAGCUGAGCUGGCGGCCGCCGCGCCGGUGCACGCGUACUUGCGCUCGUGACAUGCGCUCAUGACACUGGUAUGUGAACCGUGGUGGCGCUGCCUCUGUGACCCGGGGGCUACCUGGCCGGCUCGAAUACAGUUUGGACCGAGACACCGUCUGUGAUAAUAUGCAUUCAUCCAAUUUUCCAGCUUCCACAUUAAACAAGAAACUGUGCGAGCAGAUAUGGCGAAAAAAAUAGAUGUCCGGAUAAUUUCGUUACACCCUGUAUGUUCUAGUGCAAACUAAUGCUAUGAUGCUAGGGGAGCGGCUGCAGGCUGGCGUAGCGCGUGCGGCCUUACGGUGGUUGGGUGAACG